AUGAGUGCUCAAGAGUCAGCCAAUGCCAACAAGGAACCGGGGAGCAAUGGUCCCCCAUCCACAUCUGACAUCACCACCCAGAGGCCUGGUUCACCUCCAGUCACGAUCAAGAAGGAACCGGGCUCUGCGGAAACAACCAAUGAAAAAUCUGGAGACAGCAACCCGGCAGAAAUAUGCAUUGGCGGAAAUAACGUCAAACUGAGCGGAGGCAGAUCUUGCAGGGGCCAGACCGAGGGGUUAGUCAUGAGUGCUCAAGAGUCACCCAAUGCCGACAAGGACCCGGGGAGCAGUGGGAGCAAUGGUCCACCUUCCACGUCCGUCAGCACCCAGGCACGUGGCUCAUCUCCAGUCACGAUCAAGAAGGAACCGGGCACCGCGGAGACGACCAAUGGCACAUUCGGUGACGCCAACCCAGCAGAAAUCUGCGUCGUCAUCGGCGGAAACGACGCAAAACUGAGUGGAGGCGGAUCUCGCAGGGGCCAGACCGAGGGUAUGUUUGCCCUUGGUACUCCUCCUCCAACCAAGAGCACAGACUCAUGCAUAGGUUCCUAUGUGUGCGGGGUUUGUGGGAAGAAGUACAAGUAUUACAACUGCUUUCAGACGCAUGUCAGGGCACACAGAGAGUCUGAGAGCAUGGUUGCAGAUCUUCCACCAACGCCCAACAGUGGCUUCCGUUACUCCUGUGACAUCUGCGGCAAGAAGUAUAAAUAUUACAGCUGCUUCCAAGAACACCGUGACCUGCAUGCAGUGGAUGAUCCUUAUGAGCAGGUCAUGAUACCCAUCGAUGGCCUUAAAGAGGAGGAGCCGGUUGAAUCCUAUCAUAAAGUUGGACCAAAAACGGGCAGUUUUGUUUGCGAGUUCUGCGGGAAGCAGUACAAAUAUUUCAACCCAUACCAAGAGCACGUUGCCCUCCACACACCCAUGAGUUCCUUUGAUGUGAAGGCAUCUCAGGUGCAAGAGUGCGGGAGCUUGGACAUGAGUAAAUUUAGCCACAGCCAAACUGAUAAGAUAAAGAGCAGUCAGUUCAGAUGGAAACUGGAGAAUGCAUUACAGUCCAGCCUGGUUGACACAAACAGUUCACAGAAUUCAAGUGGCACGCCGAGCCCUCUGGUGGCCACUUCUUUCCCUACACCUCAGAAACCCUACACUUGUGGUGCCUGUGGCAUCCAGUUCCAGUUCUACAACAACCUGCUGGAGCACAUGCAGUCGCACGCUGCUGACAACGAGAACCAUACCAAAGGAGACUCUCCAAAACCCUCCUCAGCCUCGGGUCCUCAGGAGCCGCUCUGGAGAGUGACUCCAGCUCAGGCCCACCACCCCUCAGUCAAACUACAGAUUCAACCUCAAAGUCUCGUCCAGAGGAACCACAAUGUCACUCAAAAUAAUGGGCUACCUGAGAAGGAGCGUCUGCAGGUGGCUGAGCGUCUCUUACGGGUAAUGUGUUCUGAUUUGAACAUGCUCAACGUGCUCAACAGCAAGGACUUCCUCAAGCUGGCGCAAACGCUGGUGGACACGGGGGCACGUCACGGUGCCUACUCCACUCGUGACGCCCUCGGCAACAUGAGUGCCUUGGCGCUUCGUCAGCUGCCCCGCAUGUACAACCAGGUCAAAGUUAAGGUGACGUGCGCUCUUGGCUCCAACGCCUCGCUAGGAAUCGCAGUCACCUGCCACUCCCAGGCCUCAGGACCGGACGCUUGCUAUGUUCUGACGGCGUACCAGGUGGAGGGCUCGAGACUCAAACGAUAUGUGCUAGGCGUGCGGGAGGCCGAGCUCAGGGAAGGGCCGGAGCAGAUUCACCACUGGGUCCAGAAUGUGCUGUCUGAGUUUGUGAUGUCAGACAUUCGCACCGUCUAUGUGUCAGAGCCCCGUCUGGUGUCGGCGGCUGGAUUAGGGGCGCUCGGAGGAAGGGGCCGGAUAUGCUUGCGCUGUGCGGGUUGUUCGCUCGGCGCUGUGGUCCAGGCCGUCCUGGGUAAGCGAAGCCUGCAGGCUCGUGGACUUCAUGAGUUGGCCGAACUCCUCACCACAUGCAAGGACAUCUCCGCCUCCACUACGUUGGGGGUCAGGCAGGAGCAGUACACCAAUACUUCCCCAAGCACCAAUGAAGGAGCUCAGGGGAGUGCCGCCCAGUGCCCCACACCUCCGUGCUGGGACCAAACGACCGAGGCACUUCUGAACGUCCACGCCCACUUUGAGCACAUCUGCGAGACAUACGGACGCAACAAGUCCACAGCACCGCUGCUCCAGGGCCUGAACAAGCAUUUGCUAGGCACGUUGACAUGCCUGUUGGCUCCUCUGCGCCUGGCAGCACUGGAGCUGAGCAGCCAGAGGAGACCCACCCUGCAGCAAGUGCUUCCCGUCUACCUUCGCUUGGAGAAGUUCUUCACUUCCAAAGCCGGAGAAGCAGGAACCGGCAUGGCCAGCAAACUGUGCCAUUAUUUCCUAGAAGCCCUAAAGGAGAACUUUAAGGUUGAGCGGGUCCACCAGGUAGCAAUGGUGUUGGACCCUCAGCUGAAGUUACGUUCAGUUCCUGCUUACCAGCAUGAGGACAUCAUUUCCCGAGCAUGUGAACUUACUGCCGAACCCAGGGACGGGGGCAUGACCGGUUCCGGGGCGUCGUGUGGCGAUGAACGGGAGAGUGACGGCCCGCCGAUGCCCAAAAUAACCCGAGUCGAAGGAGCCGGAAACAACGGCGGCCUCACGAGGGUGACUUUGUCCGGCAAUGAUGAGAGUCACAGCCUGGUCAGGCAAGAGAUCUUCCAGUACCUGGCGGAGCCUCUCCUCCAAGGCACCACCGAUCUCUUCCACUACUGGAGCUCGACGGUGGGCGACAAAUUCCCUCGGCUCGCCCGCCUGGCCCUGUGGCUCCUGGCUGUGCCUGCGGUGGGCGUACGGAGCGAAUGCAUAACUGUGUGCGAGCAGAGCUUGGCCAUGAAAAGGAGGCAGCAGGUAACCGCUGAAGAAAUGAACAAACUAAUUUUCCUUCGCUCCAACAUGGGCUAA